UGAGCGACCCUGGUGUGCACUACGUGGGCACGGAGCCCUGGAAGCCCAAGGAAGCCUUGGAGGAGGAUGGGAUCAUCACUGACAGGGCUGACAUCUUCCCCUUUGGGCUCACCCUCUGGGAGAUGAUGACCCUCUCCAUACCCCACCUCGACCUGGGGGAGGACCCCGACGGUGAAGAGGAAUCCUUUGAUGAAGACAGCUUUGAUGAGGAAGCAUAUUAUGCAGCCUUGGGAACUCGUCCUGCUCUCAACAUGGAGGAGCUGGACUCCUCCUACCAGCACAUGAUUGAUCUUUUCUCUGUCUGCACCAGUGAGGAGCCCAAAAAACGUCCUUCAGCUGCACAGAUCGUGGAGGUUCUGGAAGGAAAUUGGCCCCAGGAGUAA